AUGACUAUCAACAAUGAAGAGACCCAAGACCAAGAAAAGCCAAACAAAGAUCACACAAGAGGAGAUCAAGAACAAGAAGAAAGAUGUGCAGUGGAAGAAGUGGCCUUGAUCACAGGAAAAGAUCAAGAGCAAGAAGAAAGAUGUGCAGUGGAAGAAGUGGCCUUGGUCGUGCCGGAGACCGACAACCGGUCACUCCCAGUGAUGACAUUCCGCAUGUGGGUCCUCGGCCUUACAUCUUGCGUCGUCCUCAUCUUCCUCAACACCUUCUUCAUGUUCCGGACGCAGCCGCUGACCAUCUCGUCCAUCCUGAUGCAGAUCACCGUGUUGCCCAUUGGCAAGCUCAUGGCCAACUCUCUGCCUGCUAAGCAGUACCGGUUCUUCAGCUACAACUUUAGCUUGAACCCAGGGCCUUUCAACAUCAAAGAGCAUGUUUUGAUCACCAUCUUCGCGAACUGUGGAGUGGCCACAGGCGGAGUUGAUGCUUACUCCAUUGGACCCAUCACGGUGAUGAAGACUUUUUACAAGCAGAACUUGAGCUUUCUCUGUGCCCUCAUCAUUGUCUUGACUACACAGUUAGCAGGGUAUGGCUGGGCUGGAAUGUUUAGGAAGUACCUGGUGGAUCCUGCUGAAAUGUGGUGGCCUGCAAACCUUGCUCAGGUCUCUCUCUUCAGAGCCCUCCAUGAAAAAGAACACAAAACCAAAGGCCUGACACGAAUGCAGUUUUUCCUCAUGGCGCUCACGGCGAGCUUCGCUUACUACGUGCUCCCUGGCUAUUUGUUCCCAGUUCUGACAUUCUUCUCCUGGGUCUGCUGGGCGUGGCCCCGCAGCGUCACCGCCCAGCAAAUCGGGUCAGGAUACCAUGGGCUCGGGAUAGGCGCCUUCACCCUCGACUGGGCCGGCGUCUCCGCCUAUCGUGGAAGCCCGCUUGUGACGCCUUGGCAGACAAUUGCCAAUGUUGGGGUCGGCUUCGUUGUGUUCAUAUAUGUGGUGGUGCCUCUGUGCUAUUGGAAGUACAACCUCUUCUUCGCUCAGCGAUUUCCCAUAUUCUCGAAUCAGCUGUUUAAGUUCGACGGGCAUAAGUACGAUAUCACCAAGAUAUUGACACCAAAAUUUGAUCUUGAUGUAGCUGCUUACGAAAGCUACGGGAAGCUGUACCUAAACCCUAUAUUCGCAAUAUCGUUAGCAUCGGGAUUCGCUCGCAUCGCGGCUACUUUCUCGCACGUGGCGUUGUUCCAUGGCAGUGAUGUCAUAAGGAGGAGCCGAGCUGCGAUGAAGGACGUGAAAAUGGACAUCCACACGAAGCUGAUGAUGCGUUACGAACAAGUCCCUCAAUGGUGGUUCCACAUUGUAGCAGUGGCAUGCGUCGCCUUGUCGGUGAUGAUGUGCUUCGUGUGGAAAGACGUUGUGCAACUGCCGUGGUGGCUGAUGAUUCUCGCCUUCGUCAUGUCUUGGCUUGUUGUACUCCCCAUUGGGGUCAUUCAAGCAACCACAAACCUGCAACCGGGAUAUGAAAUCGUAGAACAGUUCCUGAUCGGUUACAUAUUGCCGGGAAAGCCCAUAGCGACCUUGCUUUUCAAGAUCUACGGGCGAUUCAGCUUCGCCCAUGCGCUGUUUUUCUUGUCGGACCUCAAACUCGGGCACUACAUGAAGAUCCCUCCGCGCUGCAUGUUCACGGUUCAGCUCGUGGCUAGUCUAGUUUCGGGCAUAGUUAACCUCGCGGUGGCUUGGUGGAUGAUGGGGAGCAUCGAGAACAUCUGCGACGUCGAGGCGCUCCAUCCCGAGUCCCCAUGGACGUGUCCCAAAUUCACGGUCACGUUCGACAAUUCGGUCAUAUGGGGAUUGAUUGGCCCAAGGAGGCUAUUCGUACCGGACGGCUUGUACCGGAACUUGGUGUGGGUGUUCCUUGUCGGAGCUCUCUUGCCUCUGCCAAUUUGGGCGCUGAGCAAGAUGUUCCCGGAGAAGAAGUGGAUCCGCCUGAUAAACGUUCCCGUCCUGUCCUUUGGUUUCGCAGGGAUCCCGCCAGCCUCUCCCACAAACAUCGCGAGCUGGCUCAUCACAGGGAUGUUCUUCAACUAUUUCAUGUUCCGAUACCGAAAGCGCUGGUGGCAGAAGUAUAACUACGUUUUAUCGGCGGCAUUGGAUGCCGGGACGGCUUUCAUGGGCGUGUUCCUGUUCUUCGCUCUGCAGAAUCAGAACAAGAACUUGAAAUGGUGGGGGUCGGAGAUCGACCACUGUCCGCUAGCAACUUGCCCGACUGAGCCCGGGGUCGUGGUCCAAGGUUGCCCUGUUUUCCAAUAG